CCUGCUCAAAGGAACAAACCAGUGAGGAAGAAGACUGCAAGAGCUUGUCAGCAUUGUCACAAGGCCCACAUGACAUGUGAUGAGAGUAGGCCUUGUAAAAGAUGUGUUGCUAGAGGUUGGCAAGAAACUUGUGUUGAUGCUCCGAGAAAGAAGAAGAAGUACUUGAUGGAUGUACCCGAUGAAUUGGAACAACAAACUACUCCUAAUUCUUAUAGCAUGAACAUAUCACCUUCAAUUGAAUCACCUGCUCAAAACACAGCUUCUCAACUGAAUGAUUUCGCAGCAGACUUGGAAUAUUCCAUCCUAAGUGAUAUAAUUAAACAAGAUUAUUUAAGCCCCUCAGGUAUGAGACAUAGUCCAAGCCAGAGCUUUACAGAUCAAACACAAUCACCACCAGGUCCAUACCCACAACAACAACAACAACAACAGCACAAUACUUAUCUUGAUGGAUUUAGAAACAACUCUACACACAAUAUCUAUGCAAAGAUUAACAAACCAUUCAGUUAUACUCCAGGUUUCCAUGCUUUGAUUAACUAUCUAAGGAAUAGGUUUAAUAAGAAAGAAUUGGUCAAGAUGGCUAAGAGCAUGGCUAAUUAUAGACCUUCAUUCAUUGCAUGUACAAAUACUUUAAAAGAAGAAGAUUUGAUAUUCAUGGAGCAAUGCUUUCAAAGAACUUUACUAGAGUAUGAUAAAUUUAUAUCAAUAUCUGGGACACCAACUAUAGUAUGGAGAAGAACUGGACAGAUUGCUUAUGUUUCUGAAGAAUUUUGUAUAUUGACAGGUUGGACAAAAGAGCAAUUGUUGAAUAAAAUUACAUUUAUCGUGGAAUUAAUGGAUGAUGUUUCAGUUGUGGAAUAUUUUGAUUUGUUUUCCACUAUUGCAUAUGGUGAUUUUAGAGGUGCCACAAUGACUGGUUGUACUUUAUUAACACCUGAAAAUACUACAAUGAAGACUACAUGUAUGUGGACUUUGAAAAGAGAUGUUUUUGGUAUACCAAUGAUGAUUAUUGGGAAUUUCUUGCCAAUUUUAUGA